GAGAGAGAGAGAGAGAGAGGAGGAGGAUGGGCAUUGAAGGACUCAUUUCCAGGAAAGGAGGAGGGCCCCCUACCAUUAUUCUUUGCACUGGAGGAGGAGGAGGAGCAUAACGGGAAAGCAAUUAAAGAUAAACGAAAACAGCCAUAGAUGGAAAUAAACUAAACAAACAUCGAAGCCAACCCCAAAAUCCUUUUUUUUUUUUUUUCUUUUUUGGCUCCAUAUUAAAUUUUCCACCUUGCUCCCUCUCCGUCUUCUGGGCCUUCCCUUUCCUCCAUUGCAAGAAUCCCUUCUUCUUCUUCUUCUUCUCGUCUUUACGGGUUGUUGAAAUCUCAGCGGGGUCUUGGAUCCAAGGUUUGAAUCUUGGGACAGGGGAAGAAAAACCCGUUGAAGAGUUCGAAGAUCUGAGGUGUUUCAGCCCCCGAUUUCAGCUCCCUUUUGAAGGUUUGAUUUUGUGGGCAUUCUUCUCGUAUAUUCUGCCAUGAGCUGGAGGUAUAGGGCGGGGUUGUUCCUGAUAGCUGCUGUUGUUAUCAUCUGGGUCACCUCAGCUGAAGUCACCCAGGGUAUUUUUACAGACUAUCAACAGCCAUUUGCAGUGACAUAUCUUGGAGCUUCUCUCAUGGUAGUUUACCUUCCAAUAGCGUUCCUUAAGGACUGGUUAUGUAGAUUACUAAGACGGCACUAUUCUAAAAGUGGCAGAAGUUCAGAGAGCUUGAACUCUCCUCUAAAAUACAUUGGGGCUCAGCAAAUAUUUGAAAUCGAGGCGUCCUUGCCCAGAAAAGAUAGUGAAGGAGAUUUCUCACCUGAUGAAGAAGAAAGGCCCUUAGUUAGUAAAUCCAAGGAUGACUCGAAUCCAUUGAAACAUGAAAAAGAGCUUACCGCAAGGCAGAUUGCUGUUUAUGGCUUUUAUAUUGCCCCUAUCUGGUUCGUGACAGAGUAUUUGUCAAAUGCUGCUCUUGCUCGUACAAGUGUUGCUAGUACGACUGUGUUAUCAUCAACUUCAGGUCUUUUCACACUUUUCAUUGGGGUGAUGUUGGGCCAAGAUUCAUUGAAUGUAUCAAAAGUAGUCGCUGUGUUUAUUAGUAUGGCUGGUGUUGCCAUGACAACUCUCGGAAAGACUUGGGCAGCAGAUGAGGAACAACUAAGCUCUGCUGCAAAUGGGAAACGCUCUCUUGUUGGAGAUCUGUUUGGUUUGCUCUCAGCUGUGUCGUAUGGACUAUUUACUGUGCUCCUCAAGAAGUUCGCAGGUGAGGAAGGGGAGAGAGUUGACGUGCAAAAGUUGUUUGGUUACGUUGGACUGUUUACCCUCGUGGCCCUAUGGUGGCUUGUUUGGCCCCUGACAGCUCUUGGCAUAGAACCCAAGUUCACGAUUCCUCACUCGGCAAAAAUGGAUGAAGUGGUUCUUGCAAACGGUUUUGUAGGGAGUGUCCUCUCCGACUACUUUUGGGCAUUAUGUGUGGUUUGGACUACGCCGCUCGUAGCUACAUUAGGAAUGUCCCUCACGAUUCCACUUGCUAUGGUAGCUGACAUGGUUAUUCACGGGCGCCACUACUCAGCUAUUUACAUCCUCGGCUCAUGUCAGGUGUUCGCGGGAUUUGUAAUUGCAAAUAUAUCUGAUUGGUUCUCGAAGAAGUUGGGGUUGUAGCGAUUGGACACGUAGAAGGCGCAAUUUGGGGUCGCGGUUUUUUUAUCCCCAGUAGGAUCAUAUCUUGCAAUUUUUUUUCGUUUUAUCCCCCGAAAAAUGUUUGUUGGUGAAAUAUAAAAACAUGUGUAUACUCAUAGGAAGGAAGGUCAUCAUGAUGGUGAUGGUGGUGCUCAUAGAAUACAAUUUAAUGGUGUUAUGCCUUGAUUUGUUCCACGGGGAAAGUGUGUAAGUUUUGGUUCCCAUCCCCACAUUGUUUUUGGAUAUUGAGCUUUAAUUAAAUGCAAAUAAGCUUUCAAGCGUCUCUCUA